AUGUUGGAAGCUAGAUUACAACAGGCAGCUUUGUUAAAAAAGCUCCUUGAUGCCAUCAAAGAACUUGUUACUGAUGCCAACUUUGAUUGCAACGACAAUGGUAUUUCACUCCAGGCUAUGGAUAGCUCUCACGUUGCCCUUGUUUCCAUGUUAAUCAAAUCUGAUGGCUUUGAACCUUACCGUUGCGAUCGCAACAUUGCUUUAGGUAUUAAUCUGAAUGCUUUGUCCAAGGUUCUUCGCUGUGCUCAAAAUGAAGACUUGGUAACUUUGAAGGCUGAGGAUACGCCUGAAACUCUAAACAUGGUCUUUGAAAGUGAGAAGAAUGACCGUAUCUCUGAUUACGCAGUCAAGCUUAUGGAUAUCGACCAAGAACACUUGGGUAUUCCUGAUAUUGAGUACGAUGCUACCGUUACUAUGCCCGCUGCUGAAUUCCAACGCAUUAUUCGCGAUCUUUUGACUUUAAGUGAUUCCGUUCGUAUCCAUGCUAGCAAGGAGGGCGUUCGUUUCAGCUGCAAAGGUGACAUCGGCGCUGGUUCUACCACUCUUAAGCAACAUACUGACCUUGCUGAUAACGACCAAAGCAUUGAAGUUUCCCUUACCCAAGCUGUUAGCCUUGGAUUUUCUCUGAAAUAUUUGGCUCAAUUCACUAAGGCUACUCCGUUGGCCAAUCGUGUUACACUGUGCAUGAGCAGUGAAGUUCCUUUGCUCGUUGAGUACCAAAUGGAAUCUGGAUACCUUCGCUUCUAUCUCGCUCCCAAAAUUGGCGAUGAGGAAGAGGACGAGUAA